AUGUUAAAAAUCCAACAAUAUGAUCAACAUUAUCAAUAUGAAUUCAUUCAAUUGAAACAAUGUUUAAAUAAUACAACUGAAUCAACAGAACUAUUGCAAUCUAUUCAAACAUAUCUGACUCACCGAAAUAAUCGUUUAAAACAAGAAAUCUAUUUAGAAAUGAAUUAUUUUGAAAGAAAAUUAACACGUCGUCGUCAUCAAUAUUCAUCUAAAACGAAACAAAUGAUUGGUGUUUCACCUGAAGUUAUUCUUGAUGUUCAUCAUGAUCAUCUAGAACUGAAUUCUGUUGAAUGUGAAUAUCUUUGUCGAGGUGGUAGUUAUAUCCGACCAAAUCGUACGAUUCUUCAUCCCUAUGCCGCACGUAAAGAAUUAGUUCAAAAAGAACAUGACAAAAUGCUUAAGAAAACUAAAGAUUUUCUUACAAAAUCUUGUCGAUCAAUACCAUACACAUCACCUCUUUUCAAACAAUUUUCUGAACGUCUUCAUACUUGUUUAACUCUUCAUUAUAUGACACCAAUACCUUAUAAGGAUCAUGCUCGAGCUACACAAGAACGUGAAAUUGUUAAAUCAAUUCGACGAAAAUUAAAACGAAACAAACUUAUUCUUCGUGAAUGUGAUAAAAGUGGAAACCUUUAUGUUAGUGAAAAAAGUGUUUUCGAACAAAAAGCAACAGAAUAUCGUAUACAAACAGGUGCUUAUGAAGAAUUAUCAUCUAAUCCAUUGGAAGAUAUUUUAAUGAGAGUAACUCGUUUAAUAAAUGAUCUUCAUGCAAAAAUCAAAGAUUUAUCACCUAAACAAUUUGGAAAAAUGAAGCCCUUAAGAAAAAACGUCAGAUUAGCUCACAUGUAUUUUAAUCCAAAAACACAUAAAGAUCCUAUAACACUUCGACCAAUUAUGAAUACAAUUCAUGCUGCAACAACAGGUAUAUCUCAUUUUUUAGAUGAUUUAAUUCGACCAUUAUUUAAUAAACAUUCUCAACCAAAACCAAUUGUUGAUGGUAAUAGUCUUCUUCGUCAAUUAGAACAAUAUGAUGGAAAUGGUUAUCUUCAAUCAACAACUCUUUUUUGUACUUUUGAUAUUACUAAUUUAUAUACAAUGUUACCACAAAAUGAAUCCUUAGAUAGUCUUGAAAAAUUUCUUCAUCACUAUACUUUAGAAAAAGACUUACAAGGUAUAUCAAUUAAAGUUAUUCGACAAUUGGCUGAAACUGUUUUAAAAGAAACAGCAUUUUUUUAUGAAAAUAAAUAUUAUAAACAGAUUGUUGGUGGAGCUAUGGGAUCACCGUUUACUUUAACAUUAGCAAAUAUUUUUAUGUGGCAAUGGGAAAAUGAUAUCAUAUGUAAAAAAUUAAAACCUAAUGAGAUCUAUGGACGAUAUAUUGAUGAUGUGUUCUUUACUUCAAAUGAAUCUAAAGAAACAAUUGAAGGUAUAUUAAAAGAUGCGAAUGAUUUUCAUCCUAAUAUUAAAUUAGAAGCAACUAUUGGUCAUAGUGUUUCAUUUCUUGAUCUUUUAAUUACUAACCGAAAUGGAAAUCUUGUAUCUUCUGUCUAUCAUAAAUUAGCUGCAGAACCAUGUAUUAUACCAUUUAAUUCUGAUCAUACUCGUCAUACUUUUGAUAAUAUUAUUCAAGUUAUUCUUCUUCGAGCAAUACGUUAUUCUUCUACAUUGGAAAGUUUUCAAAAAGAAUAUCGUCGAACUCGAUUCAUGCUCUUAUACAAUGGAUAUCCAUCAAAAUAUAUUGAUCAACAUUUUCAAAAAUUCUUCGCUUCACAUCUUUCCAAUUCUUCUCUUAUACCAAUGAUUUAUGAUGAAAACGAAUUUUUAAUCAUAAGAAAGAAACUAUUUGCUCAAUCAUCUGUAAAAGAAAUUCAAAUGAAUCGUCAAAUCGAUAAUAUAGGAAUCAAACAAACUGAUAAACCUAAUAAAUUCGAUAAAACUUUAUUUCUUCAUUAUACACAUGAAAAACGAUUGGAACCAAUAAAACGAGAUAUACAUAAGAUUUAUUCAGAUGUUUUUCAAGGUACUGAAGCAGAAAGUAUGCGACUAAUUAUUGGACAUCGAAAUAGUCGCAAUCUUGCAUGUGAAUUAAUAAGAACUAGACCAUACGCUUCUUUUAUUAAAUUACCAUCGACUAAAAAAUCAGAUGUUGAAGAUUCAUCAAAACACAAUUGA